GCAUGGACGGACCGGGAUGAGGAGGAUGAGCGGGAGAGAAGGGCCGCGGAGAUUGUGUCGUUGAUGGUGGGGAGUGGCUUGGGGGUCAAGAUGGAGAUGUUGGCGUUGGAGGAUGCGAGUAGCAGUGCCAGUGCCAGUGCAGGGAGUAAUCAUAGUGCUGCUGCUGCUGUUACUGGAAAAGAGGAGGAAACCUGCACGAUCGAGGAGAAUCCGGUCGUCAAUUGCCUGCCGACCUUGGGGGGAGGCACCACCCCCAAAGCCAUCACCACCUUCUACACGAGCGAAUUCCUCCCGUCGGCCCCCCGACCAACACAUCCGCCUGCUAUCGCGCACGACCGGGCCCGAUCGCGUCGUCGACGAGCUCCUCCUCUCCUUCACCCACACCGAGGAAAUCCCCUGGCUGCUGCCCGCGUGCCGCCCACCGGCCGGCCCGUCCGCGUCGCUCUCGUCAUGAGCGCCAGUUUCUGUACGGGCAAGCUGGCCCGGCUGAACAUCUACUGGGAUCAGGCGUGUGUGUUGGUGCAGAUCGGGCUGUUGGAUCCGGAGCUGGUGCCCGCCGGGUUUAGGGUUACGGGGACGACGCGCGACGGGAAGGCGUCGGUGGAGCGCCUUCCUGUCGUUGGCGCCGAGGGGGUCGAUCGCAUGGUGUCGUAGUCGUAAACUUGAUCUUGAUCUAUCUAGUACUGCCACUGCCACUACUACUACUACUACUACUACUACUAGUCUACCUACCUACA